AUAUUAUUUUUAACAAAACAUUAAAAUAGGUUCGUGCAGUCUGUGGAGAAACCUACAUGAUUAAUCAAGAUGAAGAACUUUGGGAAAAAGAGCUGUCACCAAAUGUUGAAUCACUUUUGUUGGCUCAUUACGAUCCGUUAGCCGAUCGUGGACGGUGGUCAGAUAAACAUUCUGCUGCUUCUGCUUCCUCCAGAGAUAAAACAAGAGUAAUAACUUUUCGUGUGCCACAUAAUGCAGCAAUUCAGAUAUAUGAUUAUAAAGGGAAAAAAGCACGUGUGGUUUUUGGUCCAGAUUUGGUUAUGUUAGGACCAGACGAACAGUUUACACAACUAAGUUUAUCAGGUGGCAAGCCAAAAAAGCCUAAUGUGAUUCGGUCUUUGUGCCUUCUUCUGGGACCAGAUUUUUGUACUGAUGUCAUCACUGUUGAAACAGCUGACCAUGCUCGCUUACAACUUCAGCUUGCAUAUAAUUGGCACUUUGAUGUAAGCCAAAAGGAUGAAGCGACAGCUUCUAAAUUGUUUGCGGUUCCAGAUUUUAUUGGUGAUCUUUGUAAAGCCGUAGCAUCUCGCAUUAGAGGAGCUGUAGCAUCAACUAAUUUCGACGACUUUCAUAAGAAUUCUGCUACAAUCAUCAGAGCUGCAGUUUUUGGCUAUGAUUCUGAUAGAAAGAUCAGAAAUAGAUUAAUCUUUCCACAGAAUAAUUUAGUAAUAACUAGUGUAGAUAUACAAAGUGUAGAACCUGUAGAUCAGCGAACUAGGGAUUCUCUUCAAAAAUCAGUACAACUUGCAAUUGAGAUAACAACACAAAGUCAAGAAGCAGCUGCCAGACAUGAAGCAGAAAGAAGAGAACAGGAAGCCAGAGGAAAAUUGGAAAGACAAAGAAUUUCCGAUGAAGUAGAAUCUGAACGAAGUCGUAAGGAUCUCUUAGAAUUACAGGCAGCUAGCAUGGCAGUAGAAAGCUGUGGACAGGCAAAGGCAGAAGCGAAAAGCAAAGCCGAAGCCCAGAGAAUUGAAGCAGAAACAGCUGUUGAACAAGCUAAAUUGAAAGUUGAUGCUAUGACAAUUGAAGCAGUAUGAAACUUUUAUGUUCCUUU